CGCCGAAGAUCGUUGACCCGACUCUCUUUCACCAAGCGACCUAUGCCCCGUGUAAAGCUCCAUUCCAACAACAAGCCUCGAGACUCCAAUCAUGGCGUUGUAAACAAGGAUGAUAUCCGUUUGUUUCACAUUCUUUUGAACAACGUCAAAUUUGAUUGGAUUCAUUUCUUUCUCAUCGCUCUACGUGAUGGCUCUCGACUCCAUCAGCUCCGUUUCGCCGUCCCUAUAAUGCUUAUCCUCCUUCACUCGGGAGUGGACUUUUCACGGGACAUAAGGGUGCCAGUGAAAAAGACGUGCUUCAUUCAAGAGUUGAAGUUCACCCGAGUCGUUUGCCAAAACGAGGGUGAAAUGCCUCAACGCCGAGUGAUCGAGCAAGAAGCAAGCGUUCAUGAGAGCGAAGCCGAGACCGAGGCUGUUCGUAGCCGCUCAAGGGCAGACUUGUGUGACUCAAGUCUUGGUGUUGCUUUCGGUGUUGACGAGCUAGCCAUAGUUCUAGCAAACCAGCCCAACAGCGAUGUUGAGGUUGCACCUGAAAACCAUGGCAGCUUCAAGGAGAGAAGAAAACACAGCCCCUCCUCCAUAGUUGGUUCAAGGAAGAAGAAGAAGCAAGAAACCAUCCAAAGUUUCCAAAAUCUUAAGCUCAAAAACGCAGCAGCCACUUUAAGGAACAUCCAGAAGGUAUCGUAGAGAAGGUUCGGUGUUGGAAUAUUGAAGUUAAUGAGUUAAUCGUCGGAACCGUUGUUCACCGGAGUAUUCAAAAACUCUAGACAGCAACUUUCCCUUGACUUCAGGUAACAAGAAGAUAAUGAUGGAACCACUCCUGGAGGGCAUUGAGUCAGAUGAGAUGCAAGGAUGGCAGGCAAAUGUUUGAUCAUCAAGAUUUUAAAUGUGUCAUAAUUUGAUUAUUAUUGUACUUCCGCAUUACUCCGAAAAUAUUUUUAAAUGGGUCGUGAUCCAGAGUCUGUAAAUUUAACAUUUAUAAGUAAUUGUCAUUUUCAAAUGUCAAACGAAAUUUUUAUUUAACUCCGGUUUCACCUUAAUUCGUGUAAUUCUGGGUUAUACGGAUUGGGGUGUUAC